GAAGGAAGGCAGCUUGAUCAGUCAGUUGGGCUGCUGCGAUUCGAUUACGGCACAGUCGGGGCCCGAAGGGCUUCCGUAAUUGGUCUGUGGCCUUGCGAGGAUGAAGAUGGCAUAUCCCUUUUAUCCCGAAGUCGGCGACGUAGGAUGGCAACCUGUUCCCCCCAAUCACCAUCCAUCUCGACGUCUUUGCACGUCGCCCUCGCCCGUCCUCUUUGACGAUGAGGUCCACGCUCUUCCUCUUCAUCCUCGCCGUCCUAGUGGCUGCGGUCGCUCAGGCAGCGCCGCUAGCCACGACGACCGAGAAGCUCGUGUCUUCCUCCAGCUCUACUUCUACGUCAUCAUCGAGCUCGACGCCAUCGGCCCUGGUCCUCAAGACCAAGAAGUCCCUCUUCCGCGGGGAGCAAGCGUCCUUCCAGGAGUUCAAAGCCGUCAAGCUGGCCGCGGUCUCGCCUCUGACAAGCUUCUGCAACCGCUUUCGCUCGGGGUGCUCGAGUGUCUGCAGCAGCAAGGGCUUGGCAGUCGCGGCCAAUACCUGCUCAUCGGCCGGAACCCUCUCUGGCGGUCGAUCCAAGUUCAACUUCAAGUGCGUCUGCUCGCGCACGGACUACACUCCUGCGGCGCUCGUAGCUGCCGCUCAGCCGGCGACCACUAGCACUGUGGUAAAGUCGGUCUACUCUACAUCCACAGCGACCGACACUGUCCUCUCGACGGCGACGUCCACCAGCGUGGUCCUGUCUACGAGCAUCUCAAUAGCGGAGAGCACCUCAACGCAGCUUAUCGAAGUGACCACGACUCAGCCCGAUGCCACGGUAACGGUCACUUCUCGAGUCACGCCGUCAGCUGUCGUAGCUUCAGUUACGAGCCUUGUCACCCCUCCUGUGGCAACCUCGACGCGCUACUCCACCACGACCUUAGCACCAUCGACCCGAACGAGCGUAGUCACCGUGACCAGGCCAGUCCCAACCACGACUUUGAACACAGUCUCCGUCGCCACGGUCACGGUCACCUCCACCGCGGUGGCUAAUGCACAGAAUGUCAAGCUUGCCCUCGCCGCCUCUACCACGCCGAUCCUCAACAACGCAGCCGUCAUCAAGACGACCGUCCCCGCGACUGUAGCUGGCUUCUGCGGCCUCUACUCGACGUCGUGCUCGACCAGCUGCUCAACGCGUUACGGCGUUGCAUCUCAAAGCUGCUCUGCCCCGAGCACCAACGUGUACGUGCUCAAAUGCACCUGCUCCGACGGUGCGGCGCCUAUCCUACACUCGCUCGAUGCCAUUCAGAUGCCAGCCGCUACUGACACCAGCACAACGACGCUGGUUCGCCGAGCUACGAAGCGAGUGACGAGCACGACGACCGUUGUAGUGAGGGCGACACAGGUGGUCAAGCAGGCGCAGCAGAAGCUCGCCACUGUUCAGUCGACGAGCACCGUGACUGUCGCGGGCCAGACCGUCACCCAGAGCGCGCUCUUGACGCUGCCGGCCUCGACGGUCACCCGUGUCACGACAUCGACGCUGCCCGUGCAGACCUCGUACGUUACUUCGCUCGUCACCGCGACUCCCUCCGCCGUCACCGUCACGUCGACAACGAGCGUUGGACCGUCCUCGACGGUGACCAAGUACGUCACCUCGACCUCGACGACGACAAAGACGGUGCUCGUGACGCCAACGGUUUCUUCGUCUUCGUCCUCGACCUCUAGCCCCACGCCCACGAGCUCAGUGGUGAACGUCAGCCCCCUUGCAGCCAGCGUGACCCUCUCUGUCGCGCCCGCAGCCGCUGCCGCCACCUCCGCCACCCGCGCGAACCCCACCGGGUCGAUCAUGGUCACCGACGUCUCUUCAUCCAAGACGCUGGGCUACGUCUCGACUACGCAGGACGAGAGCGCCUACGCCUACCUCCUCACGGCUGACUCAGACUCGGCCAUGCAAGUCUCGACGCUCGCAGGUGCCUCCCUCUCUGGCUCCCUCAUCAGCUUGAACAUUAUCAACGGCGACCUCUCGGCGCCAUUCACCAACUUCGGCCUGGAGGUCCAGUCAAUGAACGACGCCGGUGUCCAGCCAGUCAACUACGAGUUCCUCCUCGUCACGGACACGGCUUCGAGCACGACGAACCCGUACCCGCUCACCGAGCACUCGGACUCGGCCGCCUUCCUCGCCAACGGCGUGGCGUGGUCCCUCAACAGCAAGAGUGGAGCACUGAGCGCUGUCUGGACGAAUCCGAAGGGGUCGAGCCCGACGACGUCCGGCAUGUCGAUGUUCGUCAUCUGCACGGAUGCGACAGUGGGUUCGUGCUUCUUGACAGCAGCGGCCAGCAAUGCGACGUGGGCCAACUUCAACACCGAGGGGGUCACCAUCAAGCAGGUGGCUCUCACCUUCGUUGCAUCGUCGUGAGCGGCAGGCGAGCGCAGCGAACGCGGCGAAGCGAUAGAUCUUGAUGGACUUUAGUGUUGUUAUUUUUUUCGCGACUCGAUCUAUGCUUGUAUGUACGAUAUCUUUUCCUCCCCUUGUUCAUUCUCUCUCUGAAAUAUACGUCAGCGUCAGCCGUACCAAACGUAGCAGCGAGCAUGGGCGUCAAACGAACGAGCGGAGCUGGUUUUUGGUCGUCUUUGAAGCGACUUGCUCCUCCUCUCCCCUCCAUCCCCGCUCGAUGCGAAGUCAACUCGCGAACUUGACUCUGGUCCGUGAGA